CCUCCGCUUCCAAGUACUUGGGCAGCAGGAGAACGUUGUGGCCACAGCUCGUCAACAAAGGAGACGGGAAGCAGAUACCUUUCCCCGCCCUGCUCUCUUCACCGCUGUCCGCGUGCGUACGCUUCAAGUUGCGCACGGGCUAUAAUGUGUUUCACCCCGCCGUUAUGACCCAGUGAACCCUGAAGACAGCGCGCGAGUGCUCCCGUGGAAGGCGACAGGAACAAGACGACCGAGUAAGACGCGAGAGACGUCUUCAGGCACGCUCACGCCCGGAGAGGGGCUUUGAACUCCCGACCCUUGGUACGGCAAGGUCUGAAGUCCGUCACAACGCCGCCCUUUCUGUGUUUGCUUUUGCCGCGAAUUAACCGAAGUCUCCAGAUUUGUUUUUGGUCAUUUUCACGAGGAGGAAGGGAAGUGAGGGCCCUUGCGGCACGCGCUAGGUAAAACCGCAGACCUUGGGACUACUGCGGUUUUAAGGCUAAGACUUGGCAGCUGUGUUUUAGACAAGACGACUCAGAGACGUACUCCACAGCGUGGUUUUCUUGUUUGUGUACUCUUCAGGGCAGAUUGUCCUGGCGGGCCUCGCUAAACCCCUGUGCAUACUGUGCGGCAAAUAGGUUACUAACCCGAGCCCAUAGCGUUCCCCAGACCGUGUUCUACCUCCCAGGGCACUGCACUGCUUUGAAGUCUAGUCCGAGUCGGGAACAACACCGCUGAGUUCUGGUUUGUAUUUGUUUGCAGAACUGACAGGUUUUCAGUAUGGAGUACAUGUGGAAAACGUCGUUUGUGAGCGCCACGCUGUUUGUCCUGGCCCUGCUGGCCGCCGACGUCGCACGGGGAGAGGGCGACUUCAUCAUCGUCAAGAGGUUCCACAAAAAGCGUGUUCCCAGACAAGCUGUCGGGGGUCCCGUGGCCCAGCAGAUAGGUUCACAGUGGGGCAGUGGUUUUGGUUCAGGGUCAGGUGGGGUACCGUUACCGGGUGGGGUCGCAGCCACGGUGUCCACCCUCCCCCUCCCCACCACCCCGCCGCCUAUCGUCACACCCCCGGAACAGAAAAAGCCCGAGAUCUACGCGCUGGAUAUCAAGUCUACUGUGACGUCACGAUAUGCCAAGACAGUGGUGACGAGUCGGCUGGCUAACAAGGCUGAUGAGGCGCGGGAGGCUGUGUUCGAAAUCAGUCUGCCCAAAACUGCCUUCAUCUCCAACUUCUCCAUGACCAUUGAUAACGUCACGUACUUCGGCGAGGUGAAGGAGAAGGAAAAGGCGGAGAAGGAGUACAAGAAAGCCGUCAGCAAGGGACAAAGUGCCGGCAAAGUCAGCGCUACACCAAAGAGAGAGAACAAGUUCAAAGUUUCCGUCAACGUGGCUGCCCAGAGUAAGGUGACCUUUAACCUCACCUACGAGGAGCUGCUGCAAAGGCGUUUGGGAAGUUACGAGCUGGUCCUAAGCAUCCGUCCCCAGCAGGUGGUCAGGCACCUGAAGAUAGACGUGCGCAUCAUAGAGACAAGGGACAUCGUAAUGCUAGACGUGCCCAACAUCAGACGGAGCAUCACAGACAACACGUACGGUAGCGGUGAGCUGGAGGGAGUGGAGAUCGCCCGCCCGUCCCCUAACCGCGCGCACAUCCAGUACCGACCCACAGACAUGGAGCAGAUGCGCAUGUCUCCCAGUGGUAUCAGCGGGGAUUUCCUCGUCAGAUAUGACGUCAAACGAGACUUGAGUGUCGGGGACAUCCAGAUUGUGAACGGUUACUUCGUGCACUACUUCGCUCCGUCCGGCCUGCCUGUUGUGCCGAAGAACAUCGUGUUUAUCAUCGACAAGAGCGGCUCGAUGGGGGGCACCAAGAUGCGACAGACCAAGCAGGCCAUGAACACAAUUCUGAAGGAUCUUCGCGACCACGACCGCUUCAACGUGAUGCCGUUCUCGUACAGCAGUACGAUGUGGCGGCCCAACGAGAUGGUGCUGGCCACGCGAGAGAACAUCGAGUCCGCCAGGACAUACGUGCGCAGGAGCAUCAAUGCAGGCGGCGGCACGAACAUCAACCAGGCGAUUAUAGACGCCGCAGACCUGCUGAGGAGAGUGACGGACGACCAGCCCAACUCACCGCGUUCUGCGUCUCUCAUCAUCUUCCUCACUGAUGGACUACCGUCUGUGGGCGAGUCGAAACCCAGAAACAUCAUGGUGAACGUGAAGAACGCCAUCCGUGAGCAGGUGUCUCUGUUCUGUCUCGGGUUCGGCAAAGACGUGGACUUCCCCUUCUUGGAGAAGAUGGCGCUGGAGAACCGCGGGCUGGCCAGGAGGAUCUACGAAGACUCCGACGCUGCGCUGCAGCUCAAGGGCUUCUAUGACGAGGUGGCCACGCCCCUGCUGUUCGAUGUACAGAUGAGAUAUCCGGAAAACCUGGUCACCGAUCUGACACCUGUAGACUUCAACACAUACUUCGAUGGGUCGGAGCUGGUUGUGGCCGGCAGGCUGUCUAACGAGGUGGGCCGGACGCUGGACGUCUCCGUGGUGGGGAACACUGUGGACAGCCAGCUUACACUGGAGAAGGAAGUAAACGUCACUGCACCGCACAAGGCACUUCUCAAUCGCCAGGCAGUUGGAGACUUUACCCAGCGUCUGUGGGCCUACCUGACCAUCAAACACUACUUGAAGCAGCGUCUGAUCGCCACGCCUGAAGAGAAGACCAACCUCACAGCCAAGGCGCUGGAGCUGUCACUCAAGUACAACUUCGUCACGCCCCUUACGUCAAUGAUUGUGGUGAAGCCCGAGGAGAAGGAGGUAGCGGAGGAGGAGAAGGAGGCGGACGGGGCAGCAGACGUCCCAGGCGGGUCGGCCUCAGGCUCCGGAGGCAGAGGAAGACCAUCAUCAUUUGGGCAGACUUAUUCGGGGUCGCCAGUACGGCAAGCACGCCCGAGACCUCAGCCAAAGUAUCAACCAUCACCAUCAAGAAGCCGAGGAGGCGGCGGAGGUGGCGGAGGCGGUCAUUCAGUUGACGGUGAUCCACACUUCAUAGUUGACAUGCCCGGACUGAACGCCACGCUGUGUUUCGACAUAAACGGAGAGGCAGGGGACGUCCUGAAUCUCUUACGGGAUCACGGCUUGGGUACGGUGGUUAAUGCUCGUGUGGUGGCCGCGAAGAGGAUUCCUGACGGUAAGCAGAAGCUCCCCACGUAUUUCGGUGAGUUGUCCAUCGUUGUUGGGUCCACCAGAAUCUACAUCACCCCGUACAAGAUCGUCCUCCAGGGGCGGGACCCCACCCACGACCUGGUCAUCCCCUGGGGAAAACGGUCCAAGCUCAUCCGGGGACCUGUGGACAUCGACGUGCGCAGGCGCAGGAUGUCCAUACGUCACGUGGGGUCUGGGGUGGAGUUCAUGGUGUUGCAGCACCCGGUGAGGGCGGACCACCCCAUCAAGCCGGACUACCUGGGAUUCUACGUACAGAACGGCAAGGGACUAUCAAAGGACGUACACGGCCUCAUUGGGCAAUUUCACUAUGGCACUGCCACCCUGCACGUUGACGACGAACCGCUAGAGGGCGGCGUUAAAAAGGCCAGGAUUUACAUCAAAGACAGAAAGGUGGAAGUUCAUGAGAAGGAACGGAGGAAUCACCUGAUCAACAGAAGAGUCCAGUGCUGGCUGGCCCCCAACAACGCUGACCAGCUGAUAGACGGAAACUGGAGGGACUACCUUGUCCCGGAGAUGUUCACCAUCAACAACUCACAACUCGCAGACAGCGCCAUCUUGUAGGGCACAAGGGAUCAUGGGAAGGGUCUUGUACAUACUGUACUUUGACUACAAUGAUUGGUUACGUGGAUCACACACAUCUCUUGACACAGACUUGUUUAACGACUGACUGCAUGUUAACGAUAACCAAAACAAUCGUAGGUUCAGUUGAUUUGGAUCUGUUAUUUUAAUGUAAGGACAUAAAUUACUUCCACUUAUUUGCAUACAUCUUCAUUUAGUCAGGAUAGGUGAUCAAGUAAAACAUUUUUACUCGUUUUGUAAAAUGUAAAAACGACUUAGUAAUUAUGAAAUCUUUUAACUGUAUUGCAUAGUCUAUCCUUGCGACAGACCAUUGAUUGGUAAUAGUGGCGUUGUCAAUCAUGUGACAUAGAAGAAUUCCAAUAUAUACUUUGUAUAGCUUUUCAGAUAUUCUAUUAUAGUACAUUUAAGGAAAUAUCCUAUUUUUCGGCAAGACAAGAAGAUUUCCAUAAUGUACCCAAUUGUUAUAUGUUUAUUUGUAUUAUAUAUCAAAAUCUUUCUGAGAAAUAACAUGAAUUUUUGUUGAGGUGUGUGGAUAUGUAUUAGGGAUGAUAUAUGGUCGUCAAGUAUGGAAGUUCAUCUGAGUUGGUAUAUUACAUUAUGUAGAAGUUUAAAUUGUAAGCCACCUAAAGCAGAAUUGUAGACUGAGCUAGUCACCAAGUCCUCUUCAACUAUUUGAUCCAAUUGCUCUGGACAUUAUGCACGUUGACGUCAGCAAUGGGUCAAAGGUCGUUGGAAGUCGAUGUCGGCCCCCCGAAGGACCCGAUAUAUGAGCGUCGACUGUACUGUGUUACUGAAGACUACGAAAUGAUGUUAACCGGACGGUUUAUAGUGCACAAUGUGAUUCUAGUGGCUCCACUAUUUGUUUCAGCUCAUUAUAUAUUUUGUAUUACCUGUUCCAAAGUACCUUAACCUGUACCUCAACCACGUUUUUCCUGAACAGUUCUACUAUACAGAUGUACUUGUUCACACACAAAACUUGUUUCAUUCUGGUCGCUUUGCACUGUAUAAUAUAAGCAAACAUGAGGUGGAUUAUUUUAUGAGUAGCUAUUUGUACCAACGGUUUGAUAUACAAGACAAAAUGGAUGGACUUUAUAGCCACUUUCCAAAGAAUAGAAAAUGUGUUUAAUCAAGGAUCAUGAUGUAAUUAUGGUGAUUAGAGAUGAUUAGAUGAUCAGUUCGUGUAUAAAUCUGUGUGCGUACUCUAUUGUACUGUUUCUCUGUCUCCAUGUAGCAACAAUUCAUAUCGACGUGUUGGGGAUAUUUUGUUAUCGGAAUUA